AUGCUUCCUAAAACCAAAGGCCCCAGCACUAUUCAAGCCCUCAUGGCACGUUGCCCAGCCAACACACCAACUUCUCAAUGUACCCGUUGUCAAUUUGAGCCUAUCAAUGGAGAUAAACUAUUUUACUGUCACUGUGGUGCUCGUGGAAUCAAGAUGUCACAAGGCCGUACGGAGCCUGUGAAUGAUCACUGGAAAAGUGACAAAUGUAUCACAAUAACAAACGCACCAAAAAAUACCAGACCACUAACUGACUUCUUCAAAAAGAGACCAGCAGAAGACGCGGUUCCCACAGCAAACCCUUGUCCAAAGCCAAAGAGUCAAAUCCAAGGUGUUCCAUGUGCCGGAAUGAAUGAUGAUACGUGGGUUCGACCGGAUACUGAUUUCCUUAUUAUCGACUGCAUCCUUGGGUCACCCUCAGAAUACCAUGCUAGCCGUCCAAGAUGGGUAGUCUGUGAAGAGCUAUUUAAGACUAGAGAAGAAAGCAAACUCACCACUAAGCAAGUCACUCAGCUACAAAGUGUUCUUCAAGCUGAAGCGACCUGGAGAAUCGAUCGAAAAGUCAGUAGAAAGUAUGCCGAAGGCAAUGCCGUGAAGCACAUACGAGACACCUUGAUGCAAAGUACUGGCUUUGAUCCUCGGAUGCAACAGUACAAAGAGUUACGCGACCUCAAUCUAUCCUUAGAAACUCUCUCAAACUCAGGCGAUCCACGAUUCUGGUCAACUCUGGGUACCCACGGUUCAGCUGGAUUGUUCAAGAACAUGGAUGUUUUUGAAGGACUUGUUAAAGCAGUUGCAUCACGAGCCACACGCGAAAAGGACGGAAAAUCACUUCGCGGAUUGAGGGUUCAACAACCAUGGGACACUUUACAAUGCCUCUAUGGGCAAUCAGCCCCGCCGCUGGUCGUUUCUGGAAUGCAGUUGGCCGAUGGACUCGACCUCUCAAACUUUGUACGCAUCUCUGAACAGAUCAAAAAGCUGGGCUACAAUGGUCCACUUGCAUUGGGGUCCGAUCAGACAGUAUGUGUAAAGACUCUCCGCGUCUAUAAUGGCUGUAUAGUAGGAGCUCAAGGGGGUGAUGUUGCGUUCAGCGGUGCCAAGGACUUACAAGCCAAAGUCAAAUCAAAAUUGGAAAAUGAUUCUUUAUGCACCAAGGUACGAGCAUACACCAUCCAGGUUCCACUUCCAAACGUACCAACCUUUGUAGUGGCAAUGCUGGCAAGCUAUAACAAUGAGAAGAGUGAAGAUAUCCUGACUUUACAUGACACAGCCAUCUCACUGGCCCAGAAGGCCGGUCUUAAUAUUCUCUCAAUUGGCUCAGAUGGCGCAGCCAACGAAUUGUCGGCCCAAGCAAUGCUUGCAAAUCUAGCAAAUGAAACACUCUCGUUUUCUUUUGUUGGCCUAGGAGUCAAGAUUCACGUGCCCUUGAUUGGUCAGCCACCUAGACCAAUUGUGGCUGUUCAAGAUCCCAAGCAUGCUCGAAAAACUGCAGCCAACCAGAUCUUGUCAGGUGCUCGAUGUCUUGCAUUUGGUCGAUUCUACUUUGGAAUUGGUCAACUGACUGAAAUUCUGACAUCUGAAAACUCGCCACUUUACCAACGCGAUGUACACAACUCGGAUAAGCAAGACGACGGACCGGCAUAUCGGACGUUUUCUUUCGAAACAGUCAAAGCUGCCUCGAACCUUUCUGAUGGAACUGGUCUUGCAGUUUAUCUUUUUGUGUGCGGCGAGCUAUGUGAUGCCUGGUUAAAUCGUCACAUGGGACACAGUGAACGUGUUAGAUCAGCAUGGACUGCGGCAUUCUUUCUUCGUAAAUGGAACAGCUAUCUUCAAAAGCAAAAGCAGGAGACUGGCUCAAUGAUGUCCCCCAAAAAGAACGGAAUUUCGCCUCAGAGUUUGAAAAUUUUCACCCAGCUUGCCGAAUCACUGAUAGCACUUAUAAUAUCACACCGAGAAUACUAUCCCAAAUUCCCGCUCCUCCCAUGGAAACAUGGCACUGAGAUGUGUGAACACCUCUUCGGUUGGCUACGUAUCAUUUCACCCAAUUUCACAGUUUUGGAUGCCCGUCAGCUCGUGCCCAAGCUCUUUGCAAUCAUCAAGGGAAUCAUGACCGGGACAUUCAAAGUUCCUAGUUCUGAACAUAUACACGCGGGAUACAAGCACUGUUUUGAAGACGAGGGUGACAAACCCACUGGCGAUCUUGGUUACUUUCCUUCAGACCACGAGUUACGCGAAGACCUUUCAGUUGCUGAACAGCGAGCAACCCACCUCGCACGUCUUUGUGGUAUGGAUGUACCAACUGAUGCCAUAGAUGACUCAGUUGAUCUUCCCACCGACUUGGAAAUUUUCGACAAUGACACACAACCCGACCCAUCUCAAACUGAAGGUAUUUCUGAGUGUACUAUCUGUGACAUUUCUGAAAGUCGUUCAAGGGACAUUGAAGUAGUGUAUCGUUUCGACCCGUCCGAGACCGACAAAAGCGAAGUUUUUGAGACUGCAGCCGCAAUGAUGGGGGAGCGACAAAAAUUGGAUGUGCAACUCACUGAGAUCGACGAGAAUGCGGUGGUGGAAACUCAUCUCAAUCGAGCACGCCUCACUUUGUCCGAUCUUUUGAACACCCCAUUGCCCGAUGAGCAAAAUCACAAAGAAGCUGAUAAGCGAGCGACUGACGCAUUGUGUAGACUCACCAACAGCGCUGGAACUGCUUUAAACAUCUCGUCCAUUGUCGAGAUUCGUCAAAAGCAUGAUAGUGAAGUAAAAAAGAAACACGGAAACGAACGAAAGAGAAAGCAUUUGAACGAUGUCAUUGGGUCUGUAUCCAGCACUGAUACCUUAUCGCCAAGCGAGUGUAGCAAGCUUGUUGCUGUGCUAGUCAAAGAUUCCAACACAGCAACUGAUUCGUCGAUUUCCCGCAUGCAUCGCUGGAACAUUCAUGUCAAGCUGAGCUUGGCUGAUGUUCAAAGGAAUACUACAACCAGUCGCGAUAUGAGCUGGUUGGUUGGAAAUGGUGUGAUCUCUGUCACAAAUCCCAUCAAGCCAAUGAAAUUCUUCCUGGCAAUAUGUAACAAUAAACUUUACAUUGGUAAAGUUUUGGCAGUCUAUGAAUAUAUCAAUGAUAAACAUCGAUGGGUCGCAAGUGCUACGAAGCGAGACAAGCUCUCCUAUAUCUCAGCCCAACUUUACUCGCACCAACCAGACAUGCCCAUUGCUAUGUCAUAUGUUUCUGGAAAGCCUCACGAGUUCCAACUUAGAUGA